GUUGGGCAGAAGCAGACUUGUGUCUGCAAAUCGGGCGACCCCUACAUCUCUUCCCAUUUUCUAUCUUCCGGUCCAUCGGACAUUUGUCAACACUCAUCGUCAAUAAUCUCUUUCCCCAAUGGGUCCCGGGCCACCGGACCCUGGUGUCAAUAGACGCUCGACACUUGGUGCACUAAUAUGUGUCUGCCUUCUGUCCGUCGGCAGUCAUUUCGGAGCGUACCUCCUUGGUCCUCUGAAAUCUCGCUUACAUCGUGAUCUCGGAACCUCUAAUAGUCAAUUCUCCCUUCUCAUCGCGUCAUUCAAUCUCAACUCGACAUGGACCCCACUUGUCGGUGGAAUUCUUGUCUCUCGCUUUGGCACUGCGCCCAGCUCCAUCGUCACGACCGGAUGCGUUCUUUUAGGUCAACUCAUCCUCCUUCUCGGCGUAGCCACAAGUCAUCUCGUUCUCAUGUCCAUCGGCCUGUUCAUCUUUGGCUUAGGCUUGACACCACUCAUGGUAGUCCAAGAAACUUUGCUCUCCCAUCUAUCCGCCUCUCACCAUCUCGGCUUUUCACUAGCUCUCGGUCUCGUUUCAGGCAAAUCCGCCUCCUUCCUCUCUUCUAUCGUCUCGUUACCCCUCGCAGACAAGUACGGUGACACUGCCCCCUUUAUCGUCGCGGUCGCUCUCUGCAUCGUCAGCUUCGUCAUCAACCUCAUCCGUCUCGGAGGCCACCAUCCCGCUCGCAAUGUCUCUUGGCCCGGUAUCGACGUCUUUGGAGAUGUUUAUUGGGUCUAUAUCUUUCUAAACUUACUUGCCGGGAGUAUCUGGCAGCCUUUUCUCCAUCUUUCUGCCGACCUCAUACAACAUCGAUACAGUGUCUCUGAACAAAUCGCCUCUUAUCAAGCGUCUGUUCUCCUCGCCGGAGCCAUCGUCCUGUACCCCAUUAUCGGUCGUCUUACGGAUUCCGCAUCGAAUCGAACAAUCCCAUUGAUUAUCACUUCCUCCAUCCUCACCUUGUCCGGGUACACUUAUCUCUCAAUACCUUUUUCGACACCUUGGCCCGGGAUGGUUCUCUUCGCCCUAGGUCACGGCUCAGCGACGCUACUACUCGUCAUUCUCGUCCCGCGAAUUCUUCCAUCUCAUCUCGUACCUCUCGGGUUGGGCCUGCACAAAAGUAUGGAAAUGGCCUCGUCGUCACUGUCUCAGACACUCGCUGGAGUUUGGCUCGAUCAUGCCAAAGUCAAAGACCCCACAGAGCGAAUGGGUGGACAAGUCUUACUCAGGACGUUCUGGCUCAUCAAUUUGCUCCAGCUGGCCUGUGCCCUAGGGCUUUGGCGAUUCGAUGGAUGGAAACGGAAACAGGCGUACGCACCGAUACCCCUAGAGGGGGAUGGUCAGGCGGAGGACGAGGAUGAAUGUGAUAGCCCUGUGCCGCUGGACGAUGGCACGACAGGUACAUCGCAGAGGCUCCAAGAGAGAGCUCGGAGUGUCUUGUUUUUCUCAUGCUGCAUAGGCUUUGUAGCGAUCGUCUGGAUCGUCUUCCUGAGUAUAGCAUGGAGGGAUUUAUAGCCAGUCUAUAUUAAUUAUUAUUGCCACUUGAG